CAGCGCUCGGAGCUGUUGCACCGGGAGCAGCUGCGGGUGCGGAUAGCGGAGCGCAAGGCGCCGCGGCCUCGGGCUAAGAUGAGCGAGCUGAGGCAGAGGCUCGGCCGGGAUCCAGACGGGGCCCAGGAACCCGAGGAGAAGGAGUCUGAGUCAGAAAACAAGCUGGAUGGAGAGACCGCAUCGGACAGCGAAAGCAAAUCAGAGUUUGGAGGGGCCCCUCCUGCACCUACAUCAGAUGACACUCCUGAGGUCUUAAACAGGGCCCUCUCCAACCUAUCUUCAAGAUGGAAGAACUGGUGGGUCAGAGGGAUCCUCACUCUGGCAAUGAUUGCGUUCUUCUUCAUCAUCAUCUACCUGGGACCCAUGGUUUUAAUGAUGAUUGUGAUGUGUGUCCAGAUCAAGUGUUUCCAGGAGAUUAUCACUAUUGGCUACAAUGUGUAUCGCUCAUAUGAGCUGCCCUGGUUCAGGACCCUCAGCUGGUACUUUCUGCUGUGUGUAAACUACUUUUUCUACGGCGAGACGGUAACGGAUUACUUUUUCACCCUGGUCCAGCGAGAGGAGCCCUUGAGAAUUCUCAGCAAAUACCAUCGCUUCAUUUCCUUUGCCCUCUACUUAACAGGCUUCUGCAUGUUUGUCCUGAGUCUGGUGAAGAAGCAUUACCGUCUCCAGUUCUACAUGUUUGGUUGGACCCAUGUGACUUUGCUAAUUGUUGUUACCCAGUCGCACCUCAUCAUUCACAACCUGUUUGACGGAAUGAUCUGGUUCAUUGUCCCGAUUUCAUGUGUGAUCUGCAAUGACAUCAUGGCCUAUAUGUUUGGGUUUUUCUUUGGCCGCACCCCGCUCAUCAAGCUUUCCCCAAAGAAGACCUGGGAGGGUUUUAUUGGCGGGUUCUUUGCCACUGUUCUGUUUGGACUGCUGCUGUCGUACUUGAUGUCUGGAUACCGGUGCUUCACCUGUCCCGUGGAAUUCAAUAAUGACUCCAACAGCUUCACUGUGGAUUGUGAGCCAUCUGAGCUGUUCCAGCUACAAGAAUAUAAUAUCCCUCUGGUGAUUCAGUCUGUCAUUCGCUGGAAAACAGUCCGGAUGUAUCCCUUCCAGAUCCACAGCAUCGCCCUCUCCACCUUUGCAUCCCUCAUUGGGCCCUUUGGAGGAUUCUUUGCUAGUGGGUUUAAGAGAGCCUUCAAAAUCAAGGACUUCGCCAACACAAUCCCAGGGCACGGCGGGAUCAUGGAUCGCUUUGACUGUCAGUACCUGAUGGCUACCUUUGUCAACGUGUACAUUGCAAGUUUUAUCAGGGGUCCUAACCCAAGCAAACUGAUCCAGCAGCUUUUAGCUCUACGGCCAGACCAGCAGGUCCACAUCUUCAACACGUUAAAGGCGCACCUUGUUGAUAAGGGUAUGUUGGCCAGUUCUGAGGACGCAUAGGCAUCCAGGCAGUUGGAACAGGACUAAAAAAGAGGGCAAGUCCCUCAAGGAAAUCCCAGCUCGCCUGACUUAAGACAAUAACAAGGCCUCGUUUCACUGUUGUUUUUUCCUUUCCUUGUAAAUGUUCGCAUUUGUGGGGCUCUGGGUUUUUUUAUAAUAUGUAUUUAUAUGGCUUUGGUUAAAAUAAGCAAAGUGGAGCUUCUAGAUGGAAAGGAAUCAAGAACUGAAGGGACCGUAGGGCGAAGAUGUCCUCUCGGAUCUGCGUGGCAACUCUUGUCUUCGGUGUGUAUGGGCAGAGCUUGACUUCACUACUCUUAGGGGAUGUGUCGACGCUGGGAUACGUGCAUGCGUUUUUCUGCCCAGGUGCAGCUCCAGGAGUGUAAGCUCUAGUGAAGAUGAGACACGGGCACUUUUACAUCAGUAUCCUCUAACCCUGCCAGGCUGUGUCUAUACUAAGAAAAUGGGAAGCCAUGCAACUCUCAGUGGAAUAGAGAGGACACUGGUAGUUCUUUUUGCAACCUUGUGUAUCCCUGUAUGUAGGCUAGGGAAAUUGGGGACCUGUAAUUAUCCACCGCUGGUAGCUGCAUUGAUGAUGAAUUUGAGUCUUCAUUUCCCUAGUAUAGCCAUAGCCUGGGUGUGCAUAGAACUUCUUGCAGGUAGAGAACAGAAAGCUCAACAAAUCUGAAAGAAAUGUUUGCCCUAAUCCUGCUACAUAAGAUCCACGCAAGAAGACCCAUGCAUAGACUUCGACUUGCCAUCUUUGUAGUACCUCCCACAUUUCCCCCACUCCAGCAAAUAUUUAACAAAGUCGAUUUUUAAACCCACAUUUUUACUGUGCCAUUUAAACAAAAAUAGACCCAACUAAUCUUUACAGCAGGGACAGGACUACAGAAGAGAAUGUGAGAGGUUCAAGUUACAUCAAAUAACUUCUUUUAAAAAGCAUUCCAGUUUUAUUUAAGAAGUCCUACCAAGUAAGAACAAGCUUUUAAAAAAAUUUGUUCACUUUUUCAUGGCUUUUUUUCCACCCAGAGCAUAACAUACAUAUUUUUUUUAAACAUUGAAGCAUGAAAACUUCUCUCAAGAGUAGGCAACACCACAUCCUGAUAUUUUAGCUGUUUGGAGAGCUAUCACUCACAGAACUUUAUUUUCCCAUUUGGAAGUCCAGAAGGCAUAGUACCCAGCCGGCUGUGCUGUUGGGGUUUUUUAUUUUCUGGUGUGGGGAGGGUUGUUUGGUUUUUUGUUUUGUUUUUUUCUUUCAGGGAUCAUGUCUGCCAAUGAUGUAUUACUUGAGUUCUAGACAUCAUGCUGCUGAGUUGACCGUAGUCGGGAUUGCGUGUCAGUCUGGGUUUGGUCAGCUUUCCAGGCUUCUCUCCUUUCUCCGUCACUGACUCCGUCUUGUUUUAUGUAUGUUGCACUUAACGUUUGGAAACAUGUAAUUGUUUUCCAGGUAUUUCCCUCUAUUUCUUGACUUCAAACAUACCAUACUUUUUUUAAAAUAAAAACAAAUAAAUGGAACCGC